AUGUCAUAUUCACAAUCGAAUACAAAUGUUCGAAUGGAUAGGAGAUUUGAUUGGGUUGGACCACCGGAUUCAGUUUCGAAAAUUAGAAAGAUCAUGUGAGUUUAUUUGUUUUUUUCUGAGUUUAAUUUUGAAUAAUGCAUCAAGACGACAGAAUUUUGAAUAAUCAGUUUUUUGAGUUUAUCAGCUGAUCUAGACAAUGUUCUCACAAUUCUCAGUAGAGCGAACUUUCAAGAGCAGAAAAAAUUUUCUAUCAACUAUUUUUUUACAAUAUCAAAUUGUUUUAGGCUUCGACGUGUUGAUAAUGAAUCCGAACUCGAAAAACAGUAUCGAAUAGCCAGAGAAGAAUUGAAUCAAUGGAAUUCGGAUUUUUGGGCAAAUCACAACACGCUUUUCGAUACUCAAAAAAUACAUUAUGUGGAAAAACGAAAAAAGGAACUUGGACCAUUAGAACAUGUUUCUGCAAAUGAUUUGAGUGAUUUUUAUCGGGAUUUUUUGAAUGAACGGCAUUCGGCAUUGAUGAGUUAUAAUAAGUGAGUGAACAUUUUAUAGAACAUUUAUUUUAAAAUAAUAUUUCAGAGAAUGGUACACUCGAAAUUUGGCGCUUAUAUGGCCAGCUUUAAAAGUGAAUAUUGUUAGAUUUAUGAGAUUAUUGAAACGAUAG